AGUCGCGGCAGCGGCACCGCAGCGCCAGGCGCCGCCGCCAGCCUAAGCCGGGCAGGGAGAAACGGGCCGGGGCGCAGCGAGGCGAGGCGGGAGCCGCCGCCGCCGUGGUGCCGGGCAGCGGGGGUUGGGGGGUGGGUCGGGCCGGGCGCGGCUGGGAGCCGAUGCGGAACGAUCGCAGGCGGGCGGCGGCGGCGGGAGCAGCAGCCAUGGCGGGUCCCCGCUGAAGGAGGCGGUGAAGGAGGAGGAGGAGAGGGGAGGAGAGGCGAAACCUCCGCAUUCCCUCCCUCCGCGCCCCGGCCCCCCCCCGGCCCGGACCGCCUGCCCGCCUCCCCCCCCUCCCCUGCAUGCCCGGCUGAGACCGCGGGGAGGACUCAGCCACCCGCCGCGGCCCCGCCGCCUUCCCUCUCCCCGUUCAGCUGCGGACAAAGGGGGAGAGCGGGGCAGCCAGAGGAGGGGAUAGUCCGUCCCCGCCGCGCGAGCAUGGCGGACCGCAGCCUGGAGAGCGUGUCCCUGCCCCUGGAGGUGAGGGCCCGGCUGGCCGAGCUGGAGCUGGAGCUCUCCGAAGGUGACAUCACACAGAAGGGAUAUGAAAAGAAGAGAUCAAAACUAAUUGGGGCCUACCUGCCACAACCUCCUGCAGCGAAUGGAGCUGCCGCGGUGCGGUGUAGACUGCAGCACAGUGAAGGAGCUGCCAGAAGAAUGCUCCGCACUGCCAACAUUGGUGUCUGUGACAUCCGGGAAGCGGCCGCUAGAGAGAGAGCAGCCAGCACGGCAGGAAACCGGCCUCUCUUUUAUUUUCGUUUUGGGGUGGACCAGGCACUGCCGCAAGAGCGCCGAACACCUGUCACUCCGUCCUCUUCCUCCCGAUACCAUCGUCGCAGGUCCUCAGGGUCACGGGAUGAGCGCUACAGGUCGGAUGUCCACACAGAAGCAGUCCAAGCAGCCCUUGCUAAACAUAAAGAAAGGAAAAUGGCGGUCCCCAUGCCCUCAAAACGACGUUCGUUGGUGGUCCAAACAUCAAUGGAUGCCUACACACCUCCAGAUACAUCUUCUGGUUCAGAAGAUGAAGGCUCCGUACAAGGUGACUCCCAGGGAACUCCCACCUCAAGUCAGGGGAGUAUAAACAUGGAACACUGGAUCAGUCAAGCGAUCCAUGGCUCUACCACAUCAACCACUUCCUCCUCCUCAACACAAAGCGGAGGCAGUGGUGCUGCGCACAGACUAGCUGAUGUUAUGGCUCAAACACACAUAGAAAAUCAUUCUGCCCCUCCAGAUGUUACCACUUACACCUCAGAACACUCAAUACAAGUAGAAAGACCACAAGGAUCAACGGCACGGGUGGCACCAAAGUAUGGAAAUGCUGAACUUAUGGAGACUGGUGAUGGAGUACCAGUGAGCAGCAGAGUGUCAGCAAAGAUUCAGCAGCUGGUCAACACACUAAAACGGCCCAAGCGACCACCCUUGAGAGAGUUCUUUGUAGAUGACUUUGAGGAGUUGUUAGAAGUUCAACAGCCAGAUCCAAACCAGCCCAAGCCAGAAGGAGCUCAGAUGUUGGCUAUGCGUGGGGAGCAGCUCGGUGUGGUGACAAACUGGCCACCUUCUCUGGAAGCAGCUCUGCAGCGCUGGGGAACCAUCUCACCCAAAGCUCCUUGCCUAACCACUAUGGAUACCAAUGGGAAGCCACUCUACAUCCUCACUUAUGGCAAACUUUGGACCAGAAGUAUGAAGGUUGCAUACAAUAUACUACAUAAAUUAGGCACAAAACAAGAACCAAUGGUACGACCUGGAGACAGGGUAACGCUGGUGUUUCCUAACAACGACCCUGCUGCUUUCAUGGUAGCGUUUUAUGGCUGCCUGCUUGCGGAAGUCGUCCCCGUCCCUAUUGAAGUGCCACUUACAAGAAAGGAUGCAGGAAGCCAGCAGAUAGGCUUUUUGCUUGGAAGCUGUGGAGUCACUGUGGCCUUGACUAGUGACGCAUGCCAUAAAGGACUGCCGAAGAGCCCCACGGGGGAGAUCCCACAGUUCAAAGGCUGGCCAAAGCUGCUGUGGUUUGUCACAGAGUCUAAACACCUCUCCAAGCCGCCUCGGGACUGGUUCCCACACAUCAAGGAUGCCAACAAUGACACAGCUUACAUCGAGUACAAAACAUGUAAAGAUGGAAGUGUGCUUGGGGUGACUGUGACAAGGAUUGCACUGCUGACACACUGCCAAGCUCUGACCCAGGCAUGUGGGUACACGGAAGCUGAAACAAUUGUGAAUGUAUUAGAUUUCAAGAAGGAUGUUGGUUUAUGGCAUGGGAUUCUUACAAGUGUCAUGAACAUGAUGCAUGUUAUAAGUAUUCCAUACUCCUUAAUGAAAGUGAAUCCACUGUCAUGGAUACAAAAAGUCUGCCAAUACAAAGCAAAAGUUGCCUGUGUAAAAUCCAGAGACAUGCACUGGGCACUGGUGGCACACCGAGAUCAGAGGGACAUCAACCUUUCCUCGCUUCGUAUGCUGAUAGUGGCUGAUGGCGCAAACCCAUGGUCUAUUUCUUCCUGUGAUGCAUUUCUCAAUGUCUUCCAAAGUAAAGGUCUAAGACAGGAGGUCAUUUGUCCCUGUGCAAGUUCGCCGGAAGCUCUCACUGUGGCCAUCCGAAGGCCAACAGAUGACAGCAAUCAGCCACCAGGCAGAGGAGUUCUGUCCAUGCAUGGUCUCACUUAUGGAGUGAUUCGAGUGGACUCUGAAGAAAAGCUUUCUGUACUGACUGUCCAGGAUGUUGGCUUGGUGAUGCCAGGAGCUAUAAUGUGUUCAGUGAAGCCAGAUGGAAUUCCUCAGCUCUGCAAAACAGAUGAAAUAGGAGAACUUUGUGUAUGUGCAAUUGCAACGGGUACAUCAUAUUACGGACUCUCAGGCAUGACCAAAAAUACUUUUGAGGUGUUUCCUAUGACCAGUUCUGGUGGCCCCAUCACGGAAUACCCUUUUAUAAGGACUGGCCUACUAGGCUUUAUAGGACCAGGAGGACUUGUCUUUGUUAUUGGCAAAAUGGAUGGUUUGAUGGUUGUCAGUGGAAGAAGACAUAACGCUGAUGACAUUGUAGCAACAGCACUGGCUGUGGAACCAAUGAAGUUUGUCUACAGGGGAAGAAUAGCAGUGUUUUCAGUCAGUGUGCUGCACGAUGAGAGGAUUGUCAUUGUUGCUGAGCAAAGGCCAGAUUCCACCGAGGAAGACAGUUUCCAGUGGAUGAGUAGAGUUCUCCAGGCUAUUGACAGCAUUCAUCAAGUGGGAGUCUACUGCUUAGCAUUGGUACCAGCAAACACGCUUCCUAAGACACCACUGGGCGGAAUACACCUGUCAGAAACCAAGCAGCUCUUCCUGGAAGGAUCGCUGCAUCCUUGUAAUGUGCUGAUGUGUCCCCACACAUGUGUCACAAACCUGCCUAAACCAAGGCAAAAACAACCAGAAAUUGGCCCUGCCUCUGUGAUGGUAGGGAACUUGGUCUCUGGAAAAAGAAUUGCACAAGCCAGUGGUAGAGACCUGGGGCAAAUAGAAGAUAAUGACCAAGCCAGAAAGUUCCUUUUCCUCUCAGAAGUGUUGCAGUGGAGAGCUCAGACCACCCCUGACCAUGUGCUCUACACUCUACUCAACUGCAGGGGAACAAUAGCCAACUCACUGACCUGUGUCCAGCUGCACAAACGAGCUGAGAAGAUAGCGGUCAUGUUGAUGGAAAGGGGACAUUUACAAGAUGGAGACCAUGUGGCUUUGGUUUACCCACCAGGAAUAGACCUGAUUGCUGCGUUUUAUGGAUGCCUGUAUGCAGGCUGUGUGCCAAUCACAGUUCGACCUCCACACCCCCAGAACAUAGCUACCACAUUACCUACAGUGAAGAUGAUUGUGGAGGUGAGCCGCUCUGCCUGCUUAAUGACUACACAAUUAAUAUGUAAAUUGCUGCGGUCACGAGAGGCAGCAGCAGCAGUGGACAUCAGAACGUGGCCUCCCGUCCUAGAUACAGACGACUUGCCAAAGAAGCGGCCAGCACAGAUCUACAAACCGUCUAACCCCGACACGCUUGCCUACCUUGACUUCAGCGUCUCCACCACCGGCAUGCUGGCAGGGGUGAAGAUGUCUCAUGCAGCCACUAGUGCCUUUUGUCGUUCUAUUAAGCUGCAGUGUGAGCUUUAUCCCUCCAGAGAAGUUGCUAUCUGCCUGGACCCCUACUGUGGACUUGGGUUUGUCCUCUGGUGCCUCUGCAGCGUUUAUUCCGGACACCAGUCCAUUCUCAUCCCUCCCUCAGAACUGGAGACCAACCCUGCUCUCUGGCUUCUUGCCGUGAGUCAGUACAAAGUGAGAGACACUUUCUGCUCCUAUUCAGUCAUGGAGCUUUGUACUAAAGGACUGGGCUCACAAACAGAGUCGCUGAAGGCCCGGGGACUGGACCUGUCGCGUGUCCGCACCUGUGUGGUAGUGGCGGAGGAGCGGCCUCGGAUAGCUCUCACUCAGUCAUUCUCCAAAUUGUUUAAGGACCUUGGCCUGCAUCCACGGGCUGUCAGCACAUCACUGGGCUGCAGAGUUAACCUGGCAAUAUGUUUGCAGGGAACGUCUGGACCAGAUCCCACCACAGUCUAUGUUGAUAUGAGGGCACUGAGGCAUGACAGGGUUCGUUUAGUCGAAAGAGGAUCUCCACAUAGUUUGCCCCUCAUGGAGUCAGGAAAAAUCCUCCCAGGAGUACGUAUCAUUAUUGCUAAUCCAGAAACAAAGGGGCCCUUAGGAGACUCUCAUCUUGGUGAGAUAUGGGUUCACAGCACUCACAAUGCCAGUGGAUAUUUUACCAUCUAUGGAGAUGAAUCUUUGCAGUCAGAUCAUUUUAAUUCAAGACUCAGCUUUGGAGACACACAGACUAUCUGGGCUCGAACUGGCUACCUGGGAUUCCUGAGAAGAACAGAACUCACAGAUGCAAACGGAGAACGCCACGAUGCUCUUUAUGUUGUGGGUGCAUUGGAUGAAGCCAUGGAGCUGCGAGGCAUGCGGUACCAUCCGAUCGACAUCGAAACCUCUGUCAUUAGAGCACACAAGAGCAUCACAGAGUGUGCGGUGUUUACGUGGACAAAUUUAUUGGUGGUUGUGGUUGAGCUGGAUGGAUCGGAGCAAGAAGCUUUGGACCUGGUUCCUUUGGUCACCAAUGUGGUCCUGGAGGAACACUACCUGAUUGUAGGGGUGGUGGUGGUUGUGGACAUUGGUGUAAUUCCUAUCAACUCCCGUGGAGAGAAACAACGUAUGCACCUACGAGAUGGAUUUUUGGCAGACCAGCUAGAUCCCAUCUAUGUGGCCUACAACAUGUAGUCUUGUACCUUAAAGCUUCCAUGGACUUUGCUAUAGAUGUAUAAAUUUUUUUUGGUGUCCACUAAAAAAAGUGUGCAGAUAAGAUGCUGACACUCAUCAGAAUGGAACUGUUUCUAUUACGACUUUUCAAAGCAGUCAUGAUUGGCAGGAAAUAAAAUGUGAAAUGUUUUCUUUUACCACUAAAUUUUAGAAGAGAAGGACUAUGGGUGAGACCCUUCAGUGUGUUGGAAAAGCCCCUUUUAAGCUUCCUUUUUUUCUCCUUUUGCUUUUCGGACAAUACUGCUUUUGGAGUAACUGUGGCUUUGUGUUUUACAUUAAGUAAGCUGAAGUAGAUUUUUGUUUUUCUUUUUUAGUUUUUAUUCUGCCCUCCAAAUGGAUUCUUUUAAAAGCAGUUUGCAUCCUGACACAAGUAAUUGUUUUCUUGCUUUCUUUUAAGAUGCCAUAAAAAAAAGCUGACGAAUACAGAUCCGUUACUAACUGAAGCCAUUUUCGAUCCCAGCUCUUAGGAAACUCUGUAGUGGUACGAGGAGAAUUCCCAAAGCAGCACCUUUCGAUUCGAGACCUUGCAGCUUUCCAUCGGGGAGGUCGGAAGCCCGAAGGCCAAAGCGCCUUCGCCGUGAGCCGCGGAGUGGAAGAAGUUUAUAAAUAAGGUGUAUUUCGGCAAUGAACUUGCAAAUAUCUUUGUACUGAACUAAAAAGAGGAAAUAAGUUAACUACUUCUGUAAUUAUGUACAAAAACCUUUAAUUUAUUUUGAUCUCUUUAGAAGUAUAAAAGAGAGAGAGAGAGAAAAAAAAAACAUUCAAGAAUAUUAAACUCUUGAAAUGUUUGCUAAUAUAAAAACAAAGUGUUGUAUUAUCUUGAGUGGAUAGUAUCACAUCAAAUAUAUAUAUAAAGAAAUAUAAAUUCACUAAUGACAAAAGAUUUUAAAGUUUAAAAUGCAGUACUUGUCACUUGCAUGGUGUCUCCCACUGUAGAUAAUCAAAUGCUACUCACGAAUUUUUUUGGGGAAACAAACAAACAAAAAAAAUAAUGAGGGGAAAAAAAAAGACCCAAACAAAAAAACCCGAAAACAAAAGCAAUCCUGGAUUGCUAAGUAGUCCCUGUCGAAAAGAAUCCUCCAGAUACCAGCAAGUGGAAUUAUUGCUGCCUUGAAGGCAGUGAAUGGAUUUAAGACGAGAAAUGCACUACAAUAAUUUUCUUUUCUUUGCCGUGGAGGCAACAAUAACUAUUCGUGCUGGCAUGUGCAUACACUUGUUAGACUUAGAAGGCAGGUUGAGGAAUAGCACUGUUGUCUAGCUGCAGAACUUUGUUGCACAGUUUCUUUCGUUGUUUCAGUUGGUGUUUUUAUUGCUAUAAGGAGAAGUUUUGGAGUUAUUUGCACAGAGUUAUCGGUUUGCCUCUCAGCUAGCACCCGUAGCUCGGUGGCCAAUGCAUCCAGUUUACAUUUACAGGAAACGAUUGUUUCAACGGUCUGUAAUUUAUUCCUUACCAGAGAGGAGCGUGCAGUCACCAUAGCUGGGCUGGCACGGGCCCUGCGUCUGCUAACUAGUCCCUAAAAGCAUUAGAACAUCAGAGGAGCCCAUCUGCCAGUUUAACGAGCGGAGGAGUCCCACAGUCUCUGAUCUGAGGCCAUCACGGGAGAAGAGUAGGAGAACAUGCAUCACAGCUGCCUUCAUUUUACUACCUUUGGAUAAAAGAGAGGUUUGAUUCCCCAGUUCUGUCUUCCCUGCACCCCGUGCCCCCUUUUUUUAAACCCUCCCCCCCCCUUUCAUGUGGUUAGAACUGAACUGACCUGUUUGUGAUCCAGAGUGGGAUUUACCAGCUGCAGUCCAAGAAUGCUUUCUUCUUGUCCCAGUGAGGUUCGCGUGCUGGUUCUCAUUACCGGAUAUGCAUGACUAAGAUUGUUGCAGGGCAAAUGUACUCAUGUUUAUAUGACGUCUAAGGGAAUCUUGAUGCUGGGUGUUUAAAACCUUUUUGAGGUAGGGACGUUCUAGUCUGCAUGUACAGUACAGAGCAUCUCGCUGUGUCGGAAGCCUUUUGUUCAGAUCAUCCUUCCUGCCCUCACAGUCCUGUGAAUAGCCCUAUCCAUGCCCUGCAGACCAGUCCUAGGUUUUGUCAGAUUCAUUUUUCUGCUCCCUCAAAAAGAGUAAAAUUGGUUCUUAAUAGCAAGUUGUUGUAAGGUUUCAGACAGGAUGUCGAUUGAUUACAACCAUAAUUGCAGUGUGUGAACUAACUUGUGAAGUCCUGCUGUCGCUGCUCUCAGUACUGCAAAGCAAAUCUUGCUGUCGUUCAAAGCAUCACUUUAACCUUCACGGAGUCAACUUUGCAUUUGUAGAGAAUCAACUGCAAUGCAGUCGUGAAGCGCAGUUAAUAACAGCUCUCUUCUGCAACCUGUCAUCUGUGGUUGUUAAAUCCCCAGCUAAGGGAAACGAUAAACUGAGUUUCUGGUUUUGUUGUGCAAACAAAAGGAAGGAAACAUUUAAGCACCACCAGACUGAGCAAUAACGAAGGGUUGUUCUGGACUAGAAACUGUACUGUAGAUAAACCAUUCAUGAGAAUGUAUACAAUGUUUGUCUUGUGACCUUGUGCUUUUGGAGUCGACAAAACCAUGUAAUCAACUUGAUGCACAUGCACAAAAAGAGAGGGUACACAAUGAACAUUUAAACACGAAACUAAUCAAACAGGAGCAGAUUCCUCAUGGUGCUUGUUUAUGAUAUAUAUUUAAUCCUGCUUGACACUUUACCCAAGGGGAGACUGUCCCUUUUAUCAGUUGAAUGUUAGCAGCGUUAUUUCAUAGAGUGUGGUGACUGGUUAGAGAAGUUCAUGUGACUCAGCCAAUCACAGUUUCAAACAAAUUUUUAUGUGCAAAGGACAGCGACCUUCUUGUAUGUUAAACCACCAGUACGCUUUGUACAUCUGUGAUAACGCCUGUUUUAUAUUCAAAUGAACAAAUAAAAGCUUUUAUUUUUGUUGCUCUGGAAA